AUGACUGCCCGUUUUUUGUGCUUGCUUGCUAUACUUACGUAUGUCACCGCCGACUCCAUAAUUGAGGAAGGGUCUCAAAACACAGUGAGCCAUGUAAGUGCGGCAUGUCUCUUUUCAGAAGCGCUGCAUGGAAUACCCUUCGGUGUGAAGGCCCUCAAAGCGUUGGCGGCAGCGAAUGUCUCGGAUGCCUCUAAAGCGAGAGAAGGUUGCCAAGAUGCCGUGAGACGAGCGGAGGAUGCCUUUUCGAGUACUCCCAAGGUGGAGGAGGCCGUCGGACGCGCUCGCGCUGCCCUAAAGGAAGCAGAGAGCGCGGAGAAUGCCGCCAAGACGGCCCUGUCGGAUGUGGAGCAAUACGCGGCCCGUGCCCCACUGCUCGCAGCCGGAAAGACCGCUCCGGUUGAUGAUUAUCUGAAAAGUGUUGCAGAGGACAAUAGUGCCGCCAGUACUGCAAGACGAAUUGCGAGAGGCUGCAGUCUCCCAAAUAGAGGAGUUAACUCCUGGGUGCUGAAAAAGGCUGUGGAAUUUGGGUGUGAGUUCUUCACUGGCGAUAUCUGCAAAAUCUUGACGGAUGGUAUGGCUGAUCUCAGGGCGGAAUAUGAUCAAUUAGAGGCUGCUGUGCGGCGUGCCAGCGAAGCAAGAGUUGCAGCAAGGGCAGCUGAAAGCAACGCACACAAGGCAGCUGAGGAAGCCGAAAGGACGGCAGAGACGGAAAAAGCGGAUGUUCAAGAGAUUUCGAGGGAGGAAUUUGAGGGAAACGUGGAGGUUCCAGAGGACAAGGAAAAGACGGAAAGAACGGAAGUUGAGGAAGUACCGAAGAAGGAUCCUGAAGGAAACGUGGAGGUUCCAGAGGACAAGGAAAAGACGGAAAGAACGGAAGUUGAGGAAGUACCGAAGAAGGAUCCUGAAGGAAACGUGGAGGUUCCAGAGGACAAGGAAAAGACGGAAAGAACGGAAGUUGAGGAAGUACCGAAGAAGGAUCCUGAAGGAAAAGUGGAAAUUUCUGACGAUGAUCAUGUGCAGGAAUUGGGUGACGAUGAGGGUGAGGAAGCAGAAGUUGGUAAUGACGGCAGCUAUGCAGAAUCUAUAGGAGGAUACACAUUACUGAUCCUUCUUGCAGCACUUUCUCACAGUGCUGCCGCACAUUUUUAA